AUGCCGGAGAGCGGUUCCCUCAGCCAGAACGGCGUAUCCAUUUGGCCGUUGCCCGAUGUCGAGAAGCCGGCCCGCUGGAUCUCGUGCUUCGUGCACGAUCACAUUCCGCUGUACUACCCGCUCGAGACGCUCGUCGACAGCCCCGAAUUUCAGAGGUUGAGGCGGUUGAAGCAGGUCGGCCUCGGCAACUACGUCUUCCCCUCCGCCGAGCAUUCCCGAUUCACGCACAGUCUUGGCGUCUACCACCUCGCCCACCAGUUCGCGACGUCGUUGCGCGACUCGGACCCGAGCCUCCAGAUCUCCUCAGAAGACGUCCUCUGCCUGUCUAUCGCCGGGUUGUGCCAUGAUAUCGGCCACGGUCCCUUCUCGCACAUGUUCGACAACGAGCUGCUGAAGGAGCGAAACCCGGACUCGACCUGGAAUCACGAGCACGGCUCCAUCCAGCUGAUCGAUCGGCUGUUCGGGCGCAAGGAAGUCAGGGAGCACUUCACCCCGUACCUCGGCCACGGCGACCGCUUCGACCGCAACCUCACCUUCAUCAAAGAGCUCAUCCAUCCCGGCGAGAAGUUGGAUGCCGAGGGGAAAUGGAGGCUGCAGGGCCGCGACCUGGAGAAGAGCUACCUCUACGACAUCAUCUCCAAUGAGGAGGACGGCCACGACGUCGACAAGUACGACUACUUGAUGCGUGACGCCCUCCACUGCCGAGUUGAUAUUACCUUUGGAAUGUCGAGCCUGAUCCGGAUCCGGAACAACAUGCGCGUGUUCCUCGACGAGCAGAAGGGCUACAAGCGGAUCGCGUUUGCCAAGAAGAUCCUGAGCAACCUGCAGUCGGUGGGUGACUCUCGUCAGCACAUGCACCGCGUCGUCUACCAGCACUACACCUGCCGCGCCAUCGAGAGGAUGUUGGUUGAGGGUUUGAGGGGU